UCCAAGCUGGCUUAUAACUCCUCGUGUCUAAUUUCUACAUGAGCUAGCAAGCCUAUCUGCACAAUAUAAAUACGUCCAAAACUCUGCAAAGCUUCAGCAUUGCCAUUUUCGGGGCAGGAGAGGAACAAUAUGGAAGGUUCAACUAACCUCUCGCUCCAAAUAUCACUGGCUCGUGCCUAUCAGUAUAUUCUUGUGCCGACUGAUAGGCUAUUACUUCGCAUAUGGGCGGCAUUAUUAUGGAUGAAGGAUGUGGUGAUUUUGCCGGCAAUGAAGUCGGUAAUGGCGGCAUUGCUGUGGCUAAAGGAGGUCAUAAUUUUGCCGCUAAUGAAAGUGAUAUUAGCAGUUUGUUUGGUGAUGUUGGUGUUUGUGUUUAUAGAGAAAGUAUUGAUGGGAUUUACCAGUCUCUACGUCAAAAUAUUUUGUCGGAAGCCUGAGAAGAUAUACAAGUGUAGUCCUAUUGAAGAAGAUGAAGAGCUUGGGAGCUUGGCCUACCCUAUGGUUCUUGUUCAAAUACCAAUGUAUAAUGAGAAAGAGGUCUACCAACUUUCCAUACGAGCAGCAUGUAAUAUUACUUGGCCAGCAGAUCGUUUAAUAAUACAGGUGCUUGAUGAUUCAACUGAUCUGAUCAUUAAGGAGCUGGUUUAUGAAGAAUGCAAUAGAUGGCUGAAGAAGGGAAAGAACAUAAAAUACGAGAGGAGAGAUAAUAGAAAGGGAUAUAAAGCUGGUGCCCUAAAGAUAGGAAUGAAGCAUGACUAUGUGCAAAUAUGUGAAUAUGUCGCCAUGUUUGAUGCUGAUUUUCAACCUGAGCCUGAUUUCCUCAUAAGAACCAUUCCAUUCCUUAUUCACAACCCCAAUCUUGCUCUUGUUCAAGCUCGAUGGAAGUUUGUGAAUGCGGAUGAGUGCAUGAUGACAAGAUUGCAAGAAAUGUCUAUGGAUUACCACUUCAAGGUGGAGCAAGAAUCAGGAUCAACUUCUUGCGGGUUCUUUGGUUUCAAUGGAACAGCAGGAGUUUGGAGAAUCCAAGCCAUUAAUGACGCCGGAGGUUGGGAAGACAGAAGUACUGUGGAAGACAUGGAUCUGGCCGUGAGAGCAACUCUUAGAGGCUGGAAAUUUGUCUAUGUUGGAAGCAUCAAGGUAAAAAGUGAGUUGCCAAGCACUUUCAAGGCUUACCGUUAUCAACAACAUCGAUGGUCAUGUGGCCCAGCAGUUUUGUUCAAGAAAUUAUUUUGGGAAAUUUUGUUGGCCAAGAAGGCCUCCUUCUUGAAGAAAUUCUACAUUUUCUACAGCUUUUUCUUUGCCCGGAGAAUUGUAACCCAUUUUGUUACCUUUUUCUUCUUUUGUGUGCUGAUCCCCCUAACAAUUUUCUUGCCGGAAAUUAAAAUCCCCAAAUGGGCUUUGGUACACGUACCAACUGCAAUCACCCUUCUAAAUGCCGUUGGAACACCAAGCUCAAUUCAUCUAAUUGUCUUUUGGAUACUAUUUGAGAAUGUAAUGUCGCUUCAUCGUUCGAAAGCAGUAAUUAUUGGAUUAUGUGAAACUGGAAGGGCGACUGAAUGGAUUGUCACCAAGAAAUUAGGAGAUAAAUCGAAGGCCAAAACAAUUACAGCCAGUUCUAAACAAUCUAGAGUCAAACUUUGGGAUAGGUUUUAUCCUCUUGAGCUGUUAAUGGGCGUCUUCCUGUUACUGUGUGGAUGCUAUGAUUUCAAAUUUGGAAAUGAUUACUUCUUUAUCUUCAUCCUCUUGCAAUCUAUCACCUUCCUCGUCGUUGGGUUUGGUUAUGUUGGAAUUCGAGCUCCAAGGGACGAUUAGAUAUUAAUGGAUGCUUUAUAUACAUUUCUGUUUUUUAUUUUUCUUCUUCUUCUUAUUAUUAUUAUUACUAUAUAUUAUUAUUAAUAAAAUAUAAUUAUUAUAAAGUUAUUAUUGUUCUUAUUAUUUGAAGAGACCUGCUCUAUUUUGAUUCUAUCAUAUUUUUAACGAGCAAGGAUAAUAAUUCAGCAAUAAGAAUCAUCAUCUACCAAUAUGCUGUGGGAGGAGACAGCUCUGUAAGGAGUUACAAUGGAGAUGAAAAAGCUUAAAAAAAAAAAAGCCAUUGCCUUCAAUGAUGAUAAGGAGAGAUUUCUUCUGUAUGUGGGAAAGGGAAGGGCUCAUGAAAUCUUGGAGAGGAAGGUUGCGACUGUUGUGAGGAUAUAACAGUGGGAUCAAUGGUGUAUAUGCAGGUGUUGCAAUAAAAAUUGGUUAUAUUUCUUUCUGUUGA